UCCUUACGGUGGUCUCUUGUUUUGUUGUGCUGACCUGCGCUUUCCCUCCUUCUCCCUAUCUUUUUUUUUAAUGCAGAAACGAGAAGCAGAAGGAAGAAGAGGUUUGUGUCCAGCCCCCGCUACGUGGAGACCAUGCUGGUAGCCGACCAGUCCAUGGCCGAGUUCCACGGCAGCGGGCUGAAGCACUACCUCCUGACACUGCUCUCCGUGGCGGCCAAGCUGUACAAGCAUCCCAGCAUCCGCAACUCCAUCAGCCUCGUGGUGGUGAAAAUCAUGGUCAUUUACGAGGAGCGGAAGGGACCUGAUAUCUCUUCGAACGCGGCCCUGACUCUGAGAAACUUCUGCAGCUGGCAGAAGCAGCACAACCCGCCCAGCGACCGGCACGCGGAGCACUACGACACGGCAAUCCUCUUCACCAGGCAGGACCUGUGCGGUGCCAAGACAUGUGAUACUCUUGGGAUGGCUGAUGUGGGAACAGUUUGUGAUCUAAACCGCAGUUGCUCUAUCAUAGAAGACGAUGGUUUGCAGGCUGCCUUUACAACAGCCCACGAACUAGGCCACGUGUUUAACAUGCCUCAUGACGAUGCAAAGCAGUGUGCUGGCAUUAAUGGAAUAAGCCGGGAUUUCCACAUGAUGGCAUCUAUGCUUUCCAAUCUGGAUCGCAGCCAGCCGUGGUCUCCGUGUAGUGCCUACAUGAUUACAACAUUUUUGGAUAAUGGUCAUGGUGAGUGUUUGUUAGACAAGCCCCACAAACCAAUCCAGCUCCCUUCUGACUUGCCUGGCACGUUGUACGAUGCCAACAGGCAGUGCCAGUUUACAUUUGGAGAUGAGUCCAAGCACUGCCCCGACGCAGCCAGUACGUGUACGACGCUGUGGUGUACUGGCACUUCUGGAGGACUGCUUGUGUGCCAAACCAAACACUUCCCUUGGGCAGACGGCACCAGUUGCGGGGAAGGGAAGUGGUGCAUGAAUGGCAAGUGUGUGAAUAAAACUGAGAAGAAGCAUUAUGAUACGCCAGUGCAUGGGAGCUGGGGGUCCUGGGGGGCGUGGGGAGAGUGCUCCCGGACCUGUGGUGGUGGAGUGCAGUACUCCUUCAGGGAGUGUGACAACCCCAUCCCGAGGAACGGCGGGAAGUACUGUGAAGGGAAGCGCGUGCAAUACAGAUCAUGUAACAUCGAGGACUGCCCGGACAACGAUGGCAAAACGUUUAGGGAGGAACAAUGUGAAAAGCACAAUGAGUUUUCCAAGUCUCCCUUUGGAAGUGGACCUGCAGUGGAGUGGACACCCAAGUUUGCUGGUGUCUCUCCGAAGGACAGAUGCAAGUUGGUUUGCCGAGCAAAAGGAACAGGAUACUUCUUUGUUUUACAGCCAAAGGUUGUGGACGGCACCCCAUGUAGCCCCGAUUCCACGUCCGUGUGUGUGCAGGGGCAGUGUGUAAAGGCUGGCUGUGACCGUGUGAUAGGGUCCAACAAGAAGUUUGACAAAUGCGGUAUUUGUGGUGGCAACGGAUCCACUUGCAAGAAAGUGUCCGGCACACUUGUAAGAGCAAAACCCGGCUACCACGAUGUCGUCACCAUUCCGGCUGGGGCAACCAACAUCGAGGUGAAGCAGCGGAACCACAGGGGCGCGAGGCACGAUGGCAGCUUCCUCGCUAUCAAAGCUGCAGAUGGCACCUACGUCCUCAACGGUGACUACACCUUGUCCACGCUGGAGCAGGACAUCACCUACAAGGGCAGCGUGCUGAGGUACAGCGGCUCCUCGGCCGCCCUGGAGAGGAUCCGCAGUUUCAGCCCCCUGAAGGAGCCUUUGACCAUCCAGGUCCUCACGGUGGGGGACCUGCCACAGCCCAAGAUCAAGUUCACCUAUUUCGUGAAGAAGCCCACGCAGCCUGGGUCGGAGAAGGCACCCGGUAGGAAGAAAGAGUCCUUCAACGCCAUCAGGGAGAUCAUCUCGUCCGAGUGGGUCAUCGAGGAGUGGGGCGAGUGCUCCAAAUCGUGUGGCUCGGGCUGGCAGCGGCGGGCAGUGGAGUGCCGGGACCCGCAGGGCCGGCCGGCCUCCGACUGCGCCCGGGAGCUGAAGCCCAGCAACCUCCGUCCCUGUGCCGACGUGCCCUGCCCGCAGUGGCAGCUGGGGGACUGGUCACCCUGCUCUAAGACAUGUGGGAAAGGUUUCAAGAAGAGAUUGUUGAAAUGCAUUUCUUACGACGGCAGCGUGCUGCUGCAAGAGAGCUGUGAACCUUCCAAGAAACCGAAACACCUAAUAGACUUCUGCAACGCUACAGACUGCAGUUAAAAUAGGACAAGUUGGGAAAGCUAAAAGUCUUUUUUUUUUUUUUUUUUUUUUAACUUCAGAACAAUGCACUGAAAAAAAAAAAAAGAGGGCUAGAGGCAGCACAUCUGUUUUUGCAUAAAAAAUUCAUAGUAAGGAUCCACUGAGGUGUGGGACAGUGCAAAUAGCUUUUGUUGGCUUUGCAUCCUAAAAAUACCCUGCCAACUGAAAAUUUGAUGGGAUAGCAGACCCAUGUCACUCACUCGACUUCAGCAGAUAAGGCCCAAAGGCAUCAUAAUGGCCUUUUUUAAAGUCUGUUACAAAUUAAACAAAACAGGAGCAGUAAGACACGUUUUAAGCAAACAUUUUGGGGUUUAGUUAUUUCUUCCUUCUUUUGGAUUUAUAUUGUGGUACUGAUCAAGUUCCCAGGUGUAGGAAAGCAGGGAAAGGGGAGUGAAAAAGAUAGCUUAAAAUAAUUGGUCAGAGCUUACCUACCUCACAAAGGGCAAAAAAACAGGAUUGGAAAAGGAGCUUUAACUAUGUCAUUCAUGGCUGCUAUUGUUUUAGAGAAUAGUUUUAUAUAAGAAUAAAGCCAUAUUCUCUACGUGUAAAGAGUAAGAAAUAUCAAGAAUAGUCGGACAACUUCACAAAUAACUAAAUUUUUUGGGUUUUUUAAGUGCCUUUAUGUCAUCCCAAUGUGCCUGUCCAUUUCUCUCAUCCACUCCAGUGCCAUUGUGGUGACAUAUGUAAUCCAGAGGCUAGAAAAAGUGGAAAUCUUAAUGGAACAUAUAUUAUCUCUGGUUGCUCUUUGUGCCUUCUGCAUACCUUCCACUGGCUUUUCUGAUUCCAGCUUGGUCCUACCUUCCUGUCAAACAGACUGAUGGAGUUUGUGAGCAUUUGAGUGAAGCUUUGACAUUCAAAUCUUUUGCCUUGCCCCAGCCAAUGGAUAUUGUUUGCAUUUGGGUUAAAAAAAAAGAAGAAUCCCACUGUGAAUGGGAACCUCCUAUGUGGCCUCUGAUGGGUUGUAGUGCUCAAUCACUGAUAAGGUGGGAAGGCAAAGCUGAAGGAUAGCAGGUCCAUCCACAGCUGCAUUCACAUGAUUGAAGUUUGUGCCAGUUCAUAGACAAUGAGAGAAUAUGGCUUUCCAUAUGUAUAUAGUAAAAUAUAUUACUAUAGAUUUUAUAUACUUUAUAAGUAUUUUAUAUUUCUUUCCCUUCUGGGAAAGGUUAUAAAUUGUAAUAAAUGCAUAUAAUGAGCAUAUUUAUUUUUAUACUUCUUGUCUAAUGUGAUCUUCUAAGUUAUCACUUUUUUAAAAGGACAUAUAACAAGGAUAGAGUAUUUAUACAGUAUAAUAUGUUACUAGAGGUAAUAAAAGAACCCUAUAAAUUUUG